AUGACACCACCGGACAACAAAGACCCGCUAAUUUCCCAUCGAGCACAAAUUGCAAGAGAAGCAGAAUCCAAUAACCCCACAUGGGAUAUUGUGAGCGAUCCCUGGGAUCCAAUCAAAAACCCAAACGGUUUCGUCAACGUCGGACUAGCCGAGAACAGUCUCAUGCACAACGAGCUUCUUAAAUCAAUUAACAACAAGCUAGAGCUCCCAGCAAAAUACCUCACCUACAAUGACGGAGGCGGCGGAUCCACCAGAUUGAAAGCAUCCGUAUCCAAAUUCCUCAAUCGCCACUUAAACCCAGUCAUUCCACUCGAUCCCAGCCAUCUGGUGAUCACCAAUGGCGUCUCAUCAGCCAUCGAGCACGUUGCGUGGGCAUUCGCAGAUCCCGGCGAAGGAAUCCUUCUAGGAAAGCCUUACUACGGAGCUUUCGUUCCUGAUAUGAAUCUGCGACCAGGAACCACCGUUAUCCCAGUCAGUUUUGGGGAUUGUGAUCCCCUCAGCUUGGAGGCUGUGGCCAAGUACGAAAAAGCUCUACUGCAUUUUCACAAAAUUUCGGGGAACAGGGUCCGGGCAUUGAUGCUGUGUCAUCCGCAUAACCCGCUUGGGCGGUGCUACUCGCGUUCCGUGCUUAUUGCAUUAAUGAAGCUGUGUCAGCGAUACCAGGUGCAUUUGAUUAGUGAUGAGAUUUAUGCGCUAUCUGUGUGGGAGAAUACAGUUGAUCAGUAUCCGGCGCCGGUGAAGUUCGAAUCCGUUUUGUCGAUUGGAUUGGACGGGAUUAUCGAUCCGCAGCUGGUGCAUGUCCUUUGGGGCAUGAGUAAGGAUUUUGGUGCGAAUGGGCUUCGAUUGGGGGUCAUCAUUUCACAGAGGAAUCGGGAUCUUCAUUUCGCAUUGAAGGGGAUUUCUAUGUAUUCUUAUUCUUCAGGUGUUACUGACCAUUUGACGUCGUUGAUUUUGGAGGAUGAGGUAUUUACUGAGGCAUAUAUCAAGGAGAACCAGAAGAGAUUGUCGGAGUCUUACACUUUCACGACGGGGUUUCUGAAGAGAAAUGGCAUUGAGUAUGCACCUGGUUGCAAUGCUGCUUUCUUUUUGUGGGUGGAUUUGGGCAAGCCAUAUCGAGAGCUUCGGCCUAGCAUACCAGAGAAUGAUGAUAUCGGGAGAGAAGUGAUGCAACUUUUAUUAAGGCAUAAGGUGUUUUUGGGCAGUGGCGAGUUUUUUGGAUCAGAGAAGGAUGCUUGGUUUAGGAUUGUCUUCUCACAUCCCCGGCGCUACUUGGAGGAGGCUCUUGAUAGGAUCGUCCGUGCUCUGCAUGAUUGCUGA